UCUUGUUUAAUGUUCUGAAGCACCUUCAAUAUUAGUGAUCAUGUAGUCGUCGAAGAAUAUUGUUGCCAAUUUCUGUCUAUUUUAUAAAUCAAAUAUAAGUAAACGAUUCACCUUUGGUAAGAUAAGUAUCUCAAAUACCGUGAAAGGAAAUUAUAAUAAGAAAAUGUUAAAUAAAGAUAUCAGCCUUAAUAAUAAAGACAGUGUUAAUAACGAUGGGCAGUUCAAAAAAAUCGAUUAUGAUGAAUUAUUAUCAAGUGCUGGGCAAUUCGGACGAUUCCAGGUUUUAUUGUUUCUUGCAAUGUUCCCAGCACACAUAUAUUCAUCAUUUUCAUACUUCUCACAACUUUUCAUGACUGAGGUUUCUCCAAACCACUGGUGCUGGAUUCCAGAACUUGAAAAUUUCACUGAAAUUGAACGAAGAAAUUUGGCUAUACCCGUGGAUGGUAAUUCACAAUAUGGAUAUUCGAGGUGUCAAUCGUACAUUGCGAAUUGGAGUGAGGUUCUAAGUUUAGGACAGAAGCCAAACGCAACCUGGCAAACUCAAUCUUGCCAACAUGGUUGGGAGUUCGAUAAAACGGAAAUUCCGUAUCCAACUAUAUCAAGUGAGCUUGGAUGGGUAUGUGAAAAAGAUAGUUAUCAGGCGACAGCUCAAGCAAUAUUUUUUAUCGGAUCGACCGUAGGUGGAUUUUUGAUUGGCUGGAUAUCUGACAAAUAUGGUAGGAUCCCAGCAUUGGUUACAAGUAAUUUAAUCAUUUUUAUUGGUGGUAUCCUAAGUGUAUUUGCUACAGAUUUAUUGCAAUUUUCUGCAUGUCGGUUUUUAGUUGGAAUGGGAUAUGAUAAUUGUGUAAUGAUGAUGUAUCUUCUUUUGGUAGAAUAUGUAGCACCUAAAUAUAGAACUAUAGUAGCGAAUUUACCAGGUGCAAUAUUUUACACUAUAGGUGUUACUGCAUUGCCGUGGAUAUGCUUAGCGUGUGGUCACUGGAAGACUAUUAGUAUAGCUACAAGUGUUCCUAUGUUAUUAGUCAUUUUAGCUCCAUUUGUAUUACCUGAGAGUCCAAGGUGGCUUCUUUCAAAGGGCCGUGUUAAUGAUACUAUAGAUAAAAUCAAAGCUAUCGGUAAAGUAAAUGGGAAAGAAGUUCCCCAAGAAAUUGUCGAUAAAUUUAUUAAAACAAUUGAAAAUAAAGAGAUACAAGAAACAUACAGUUGCAUGAUAAUUGUUAAACAUAAAGUUUUAAGAAAAUCUUUCAUAUGUAUGUGCAGCUUGUUUAUGUUGUGCAUGAUAAUAUUUGAUGCUUUAAUUAGAACUAUCGGCGCCCUAAAAUACGACUUUUUCUUGUCAUUUACAUUCGUGUCAUUUACUGAAUUCCCGUCGUUGCUUAUAAUUUCCUUCAUUUUAGAUUUAACUGGUAGAAAAUGGUUAACAAUCGUUGCAUUGAUACUUACUUGUAUUUUAAGCAUCUUAUCUACAUUUGUAGGCGAGGGUUUACCAUCUGUAAUGUGCAUUGUGCUCGCUCGAUUUUGUAUAAAUUUUGCUAUUAAUGCGUGUAUGCAAUGGACAACUGAGAUACUGCCGACCCCUGUUCGAGGUUCGGGUAGUUCGAUUGUCCAUAUUUGUAGCUAUGUUUCUAGCGUUGUAUCACCUUACAUUGUGUACCUACAAAAUUACGUUAUAUGGCUUCCUCACAUCAUUAUAGGAGGUAUAGCGUUAUUGGGGGUAAUUUGUGCUUUUAUGUUGCCAGAGACAGCAAACAAAGCAAUGCCACAUACGCUUAAAGAUGCUGAGGAUCUUGUUAAUAACCAAAUUAUGUUUGAUAUACCCUUUCUACGCAAAAAAUAAAGCUGAAAAAGAAGGUAAAACAAACCGGUCUUUUGAUAUGAAGUAGUUCUAUUACAUAACGAUAAAAUAUUAUUUUUUUCUCCCAAUUUGUAUAUGUUAAAAAGGGUUGAUGCAAUUAAUGAAGAAUAGAUUAUGUCUCACUUAUAAAAUUAAGUGAUAGACAUAUUUUAUGUUAUGUAUUUAACCAAUUAUCAUAUAGCUUAAUAAGCUCAAUCUAUGUGGAUUAUUUAUGAAGUACUGUGUAUUAUUUAAUUAUAAGAACAAUAAUUGUAAAAAAUCAUCAAAUAUUUGCAUAAAAAUUGUAGUGUUUAAUUGUGUUAUCAUGUCAUCAUAUUUGUCAUUAGUUUCUUAUCCUAUUUUCUAUACGAUGUAUCUUUGAGUAAACUUUGCUAUCAAUUUGCAUUGCGAUUUCUCAGCUCGAUACAGGUGUUUUCCAGUGUGACGUACUAAUGUUAGCAGGAAAAUUUAUUUGUUAUUUUCCAGCCAUAUACAAAUCUAUUAUUAAAUAUACUAAAAUGUAUUUCUCAUACAUAAUAAACAUUUGAAUAAUAGUUUUCACCAUUAUAAAAUGCUUUGUAUAAUUGUUAUUGCUUUGAAGAAAAAGAUAAAGAGACGCUCAAUAAAAAUCUUAACAAAAUUUAGAUUUUUAUAAUUACGAUUGUAACAGCAAACGAUACUUAUCCGUAUUUGAAAUAAAUAAACAAGUUUAUUUGAAAGAGCGUUGAAAUAUAAAUCGUCCUCAGAAAAUUCUAACGAGAUAUCUGCUUCCAUCCUCAGGUCAAGUUUCGAAUACUUUCAAGAAAAGUGACACUAAAUGUAACAACUACAACAUUGAAUUGUUAUACAUUGUAGUAAGUUUUGGCCUUAAGCUAGUUCCAAUAAUUAGAAGCUAGUCUAACUUUAAUAUUAUGGUCCGGUAAUAUUAAAAGAACCGCAGUCUUUAAUUGCAGAAGUUAUUGGUCUUAUGACGAUAAUAUUUUUCAACAUAACUUAAUAUGUCAAUAUUUUUACUCUAUGCAAUGGAUAACUGAAAUUCUACCGACACUUGUUAGAAGGAAUUAAAUCACCCUUAUUACAAAUAUUGUGUAUUGAAUAUCUACAAAAUAACAUUAUAUGAAAUGUUACUGAAGAAGUUAUUAAUUCGUUUUAAUAAUAACAAUAUCAUUAAAAAUGUUAACUCUUUAACUAACGUCGUUUUAAUGCAGGCAAGUUUAUAAACACUACGAAUAUUAUCACCUAUCAAACCCAUCCCAUCCAUCAAACUCAGUUCGCAACUAAAGUUGCUUUAACUACAAAAAACUAUAUCUUUUUCAUUUUUCCAAAAUAAAUAUGUAGAUUGAAUUUAAAGGGCGAAAAUACAUAUCUCCAACAGUAUUAGUUUUUUUCUCACUUUGGGACGAUUGUAAUUUUAGUCUUAAGUGACACAUACAAGAAGACGUUAUUGAUUUAUUAAAAUAAUCUAUUACUAUACGUCUAAAGGCGAGAACUUAGUCGAACAACGAAAUGAACACUUCGUGCAUAUUUGGAUCUACCAGCAUCUUUUACAUAUUAAAAGCACUCAUCAAGAUGCCGAAAGGAAGUUGCCGUAAGCUCAUCAAAGAUACUUUGAAGG